CCAAAACUUGUAGAACCUCUUUUGCCGCAUCACUCCUCUCUACUCCCCCAACACCUCUCCCUUUUUUAAAAAUCUAUAAAUAAAUUCAUCAUCCGGCGGAGCUUUGAUAACUGAUCGUCCCGUAAUCAUUCACCUUCUCCCCUCUCUCUCUCUCUCUCCCCUUCUCUCUCUAUAUCGCAAUCGAUUUUACUUGUGUAGUUCUGUGUGUUGAUCCAAUCGAGACAUGGUGGAAACGAGACGAAGCUCCUCUUCCUCCAAACGCCCUCUCUCUUCUCCCUCAUCGUCUCCUCUCCCUAAUGGCAAACGCUCCAAGGCGGCGGAGGCGCUAUCAUCAACUAAUGAUACCCUAGGGGGAAAAACCCAGGGUGCGGUGAAUGAAUCUGCUGAGCAAGAGGUUCGAUCGGCUGAUCUGGCUGCUGCUGCUACUGUUUUGAAGUCGUCUGAUGCUUCUCUGCCACUGAAAUCGCCGGAAAAUCAAGUGGAUGGCGAGCCUUUGGUGUCACCCAUGACUCUAGGUCAUUCUGUGAUUGACGCGGCGGAGAAGGCAAAGUUAAAUGGGUCUAAGGCGAAGAAACGGCAGCUGAAAUCAAAUGUUGUUGGGGCUGCAUGGGCACAACUUAUUUCCCAGUGCUCUCAAAAUCCUCAUUUUGUCAUGCAUCGUCCUACUUAUUCUGUUGGUCAAGGUCGUCAAUGUGACUUGUGUAUAGGAGACCCUUCUGUUAGCAAAUCUUUAUGUAAUCUGAAGCAUAUUGAGCAAGAGAAAGGAGGAUUUGUCACUCUACUUGAAAUUACUGGCAAGAAAGGUGAUGUGCAAGUCAAUAGCAAGGUCUAUCCAAAAAUGUCUACUGUGCCUCUCAAUGAUGGCGAUGAGGUGGUUUUUGGCUCGUCUGGUCAACAUGCUUAUAUUUUUAACAUAAUCACCAACGACAACAAGUCUAGCUUGCCACAUCCAAUCAGCAUACUUGAAGCUCAUAGUGGUUCAGUCAAGGGAUUACAUUUUGAGGCAAGGUCAGGUGACCCCUCCACAGUAGCAGUGGCAUCAGCCCUGGCAUCUUUGUCUAAUCUUGAGAAAGAGUUGUCCCUUCUCCCACCAUCAUCUCAAAAUGGCAAGGAUGUGAAAGAAGGUUCGGAAAUGUCCAGACUGCCAGCUGCAAAUGGAGUGGCAGACAAACAUGAUUUAGAUAUUGAUAUGAAGGAUGCUUCUGAUCAUAGUGAUUUACCUGGUGUUUUGCUGCGGGAGAAGACUGGUGUAAUAUCUCCUGACACUAGAAAUGAGAACAUGAAUCUUGAUGGUGCACUUGAUUCAGAUGAUGCAGAGAUAGGGAAGAUCUCUGGGGCAGCUCAGGAAUUGCGACCUCUCCUGCAUGUACUUGCUGGAUCUUCUGCUGAAUUUGACUUAAGCGGUAACUUCUCCAGAAAUUUUGAAGAGCGAAGGGAAAUAUGCAAACUACUUAGAGAUUUUGACCCGCCAAUUUUGACAUCAACCAGGCACCAAGCAUUUAAAGAUUUGUUACAACAAGGAUUACUUGAUUCAAAAAAUAUUGAUGUCUCAUUUGAAAAUUUUCCGUAUUAUUUGAGUGAAACCACGAAGAAUGUUCUGAUUGCUUCUACUUAUAUUCAUUUGAAGUGUCACAAAUUCACAAAAUAUGCAUCAGAUCUCCCCACAUUGUGCCCUAGGAUUUUGUUGUCAGGUCCAGCAGGUUCAGAGAUCUACCAGGAGACGUUGGCCAAGGCACUUGCGAAAUUCUUUGGUGCCAGGCUACUGAUAGUUGAUUCUCUCUUAUUGCCUGGUGUAAGCCUCUUAUGUACUCUGCUUCUAUUGCUGUUUUUCUAUGGUAAAAAAUAUCAUGAAUCUUGCUAUUAUUAUAGAAUACAAAGUAAUGCUAUCCAGAUGAUGGCGUUACUGCGGAGGGAAGGUUCAAUCCAUGCUAUUGAUGGAAAGUAUCCUAAGGAUAUAUCAACUCCCGACAAGGAGAAGAUUGAAGGGGAUGCAUUGAGUGCAAUCCAACUAUCCCUUGCACCUAACGUGCUUUGUGAAGUGAGUACGGGUACCGAAGAGACGGCCAAACAGUUAUGGGAAAAGCUAGAAGGGCUAUACCAAGACCGAUCAGUGACAACAAGGAUGUUGUUACAACGGCGUCUUCACACAUUUAAGAUGGGGUCAGCAAGGAGCCUAUCAAGCUUGAGCAAGUGCGGCAGACACUUAACUCUACUGAGGCACAUUGAAGGAGAUAGAGAUGACCAGACAAGUGGGCUCUUUGUGAGAGGCCGGACUAGCCAACAGGGAAAGAGCAAAUCAAAGCACAGAUCAAAGUCUCGUGUGAACAAGGAGAAUAUGGAGUGCUGGGGUUGUGGCAAGAAGGGGCACUUUGAACAAGACUGCCCAAUGUCAAAGUCCAAGGAAAAGGCGAGUGCAUCCACAGUUGAACAGAGUUACCAUCUUAUGUUAGAUCAUAAAAUCUUCAACUCUUCCUUCCUAAAUAAAAAAGAAAAUAAAAGAGAAUCGGGGUUGAAGUCUUUGAUUUGUGGUUGUAGUUCUAUGCUCAAUGUGAGAUUUGUGAUUUUGACAGGUGAUAGGGUGAAGUAUGUUGGUCCUUUACAGUCAGGCAUUUCUCCCUUGCAAACACCAUUGAGGGGUCCAACAUAUGGUUAUAGGGGGAAAGUGGUUCUUGCAUUUGAAGAUAAUGAGGCCUCUAAGAUCGGCGUCAGGUUCGAUAAAUCAAUUCCAGAAGGCAAUGAUCUUGGUGGUCUCUGCGAGGAAGACCAUGGUUUUUUUUGUGCUGCUGACUUGCUCCGCGUUGAUAGCUCGAGCAGUGAUGAUAUUGAUAAACUGGCCAUUGAUGAACUCUUUGAGGUUGCUUCAAAAGAAAGUAAAAGUGGUGCAUUAGUUUUACUUGUCAAAGACAUUGAGAAGUCUAUGGUGGGAAAUCCUGAGGCCUAUGCUGCUUUCAAGGUUAAACUUGAACAUUUACCAGAGAAUGUUGUUGUCAUAGCUUCCUAUACCCAAACAGACAACCGAAAGGAGAAAUCACAUCCUGGUGGACUGCUGUUUACAAAGUUAGGAAGUAACCAAACAGCGUUGCUUGACCUUGCCUUCCCAGAUAAUUUUGGUAGGUUGCAUGAUAGAAGCAAAGAAACCCCUAAAACAAUGAAGCAGCUCAUCCGUCUUUUCCCCAACAAAGUUACCAUACAGCUACCUCAGGAUGAAGCAUUAUUAUCUGACUGGAAGCAACAGCUAGAACGGGAUAUUGAAACUUUGAAAUCUCAGUCCAACAUCGCAAGCAUUCGCAAUGUUUUGAGUCGUAUAGGAAUUGAUUGCCCUGACCUCGAAACUUUAUGCAUAAAAGAUCAAGCAUUAACAAGUGAGAGUGUGGAAAAGAUAAUAGGCUGGGCCUUGAGCCACCACUUUAUGCACAAAUCUGAGUCGUCAAUAAAAGAGGCCAAGCUGGUUAUCUCUGGUGAAAGCAUUGGUUAUGGACUCAAUAUUUUGCAAGGCACCCAAAAUGAAACCAAGAGUCUGAAAAAAUCUCUUAAGGAUGUGGCUACUGAGAAUGAUUUUGAAAAAAGACUACUUGCGGAUGUUAUUCCGCCUUGCGAUAUUGGGGUUACUUUUGAUGACAUUGGGGCCCUGGAAAAUGUCAAGGAUACUUUGAAAGAGUUGGUGAUGCUGCCACUUCAGAGGCCUGAAUUGUUCUGUAAAGGACAGCUGACAAAGCCUUGCAAGGGAAUAUUGCUUUUUGGGUCCCCUGGUACCGGUAAAACAAUGCUUGCAAAAGCUGUUGCUACGGAGGCUGGUGCGAACUUUAUUAAUAUAUCAAUGUCAAGCAUUACUUCAAAGUGGUUUGGUGAAGGAGAGAAGUUUGUCAAAGCAGUCUUCUCAUUAGCUAGUAAAAUAGCUCCUAGUGUUGUUUUUGUUGAUGAGGUGGAUAGCAUGCUAGGAAGACGAGAAAAUCCUGGCGAGCAUGAAGCCAUGCGGAAAAUGAAGAAUGAAUUCAUGGUGAAUUGGGAUGGCUUGCGUACAAAGGACAAGGAGCGAGUGCUUGUACUUGCUGCAACCAAUAGACCAUUCGACCUUGAUGAAGCAGUUAUUAGGAGGCUUCCACGAAGGCUGAUGGUAAACUUGCCAGAUGCUCCGAACAGGGAGAAAAUUUUGAGAGUGAUAUUGGCCGAGGAAGAGUUAGCACCAAAUGUUGAUCUCAAAGCUAUUGCUAAUAUGACUGAGGGUUAUUCUGGGAGUGAUUUAAAGAAUUUGUGUGUCACAGCUGCUCAUUGCCCAAUUAGAGAAAUUUUGGAGAAAGAGAAAAAGGAAAGAGCAUUGGCAGUUGCAGAGAGCAGGCCUGUCCCUUCAUUGCAUAGUAGUGCGGACAUUCGUCCUCUUAACAUUGAUGAUUUUAACUAUGCACAUGAACAGGUUUGUGCUAGUGUAUCAUCAGAAUCGGCAAACAUGAAUGAACUUCUUCAGUGGAAUGAAUUAUAUGGUGAAGGUGGAUCAAGGAAGAAGAAAUCUCUCAGCUAUUUCAUGUAGAGACAUUUUAACUGUAUAGUGUUGCUUUAUUUAUUUAGUUUUUAAAUCUACCCAAGCUGGUUGCAGCGGACCUGCAUUCAUGGAAAUCCAUUUCAGGUUCCCGGAGUCUCUCCCCCGUUGGCCAAAUGUGGCCAAUGUGUAUCAUAGUUGGUUUUAUAGGUAUUUAUAUCAGUAAGUGCAGGUUAUGAAAUAUCUAUCUGAAGCUUGUCUUCCAAUUUUCCCCUUAUUAGAUCUCUGUAUAUACCAAUUGAUUUAUUUAAUAAAUAAUAAACAGUCUCAUGUCUUUCGACA